CAAUCCGAAAUUAAAACUUCUGUCAUUUGUUUCGAUUCGAUGUUGUAGAAAUUCCAAACUUUUUUGCCUGAACUUUUGACCUGUACUUAAGCGCAUGCGGAGUUGGCGAUUUUAACGGAGGAUCAGUGAGAGGAACCGUGAUGGAGGUCUCUAUGGGACACCAGAACAUAUGCUGCGACGGCUGCCAGAGGCUGGAGUUCCGAGGACGACGCUUCCGCUGCAUGCGCUGUACGAACUAUGACCUUUGCGGCGAUUGCUAUGACCAGCGUAUAGAGACGCAGGCGCACAGCAUCGAUCAUCCCAUGCAGCUAAUACCGGAGCCUGGCCAGGAGCAGGAGCUGCUGAUCGGCAGCGAAAUGCUCGAGCUGGUGCACCUGUCCAAUUGCUACACCUGUCCCUAUUGCGGCCUCUUCGGGUGCACGGCCAAGCAGCUGAUCAAGCAUGUGUAUGACCAGCAUCGCCUCUCCGAGGGCUAUGUGGCCUGUCCAAUGUGCGCCAGUCUGCCGGCCGUGGAACUGCUGGCGAUCCGCAACCUGUCUCGACACCUGCUGCUCAACCACAUCGAUCAGGCCAAUCAGCUGGAACCGGAUACGCCGCCAUUGCGCCGGAUAUUGACCAGAAGUUUGCAGCGCAUCCGGCGACGCCGUCAGCAGCAGCAGCCAUUAUCGAGGGAGAGUGCUGCCAUUUUGGCCAUCGAUGACAUUGAUGCCCUGCCCUCGGAGUCCCAGGAUCGCGAGGAGAACGAAGAGAUCUUCGGUUCCAGCGAGGACCCUUCAGCAUGUCAGCCUUCCGAGGGAUUUCUUCUUAAGAAAUGGAUCGCGGAGCAGGAAAGCCUCUCUCGGGAUACGGAAAAGUCUGUUAUUCAGAGGCAUCGUCAUGCACUCUUCACAGAGCAUCUCCUGCUAUCCAUGCUGAGUGUCGAGGAGCUGCAGUUGCCAGAGAAAAAGCGACCUGAGAAGGAACGGAAGCCAAAACAUCAGCAGGGACUGUCCACGGUCAUGUCCUUAAUGUCCUUGCCAUGGACCAGGCUGAGGCAGAUCUCCCAGUGGGAGGGGAAGAGGCUUCUAAGCUCCACCGAGGGUGAACUCGAAUUGGAUGCUCUACGGGAUCAGACAACCUGGUUGGAGAGAGCUAAGGCGGGUACAGAGGAGGAAGAGGCCAUAGACUAAAAGGCUUUGAUCGGGAAUUGGCAGAAAAGUGCAAUUUAUAUUUUCGUUUUUUCAUUUUUUUUCAGGACCAGACAUAUAUAUUGUUUGCGUUUGGUCCAUUUUAAAUGCGAAAACGGCAAAAUUUAUGUGGAAAUUAUAUUUUUAAUUGGUUAAAUAAAUUAUGUAUCUACCUAUUUA